AUGUCGAGCAGAAGGAAGCCACCACCUCCAGGGUUCAAUUUUAAACCUCAGGAGGAACAAGUGGAUGUUACUCCCCCAAGAAACCUUGACAAACAAACUACUAUUACAGUAGAUGAUAAAACAUUUACUGUACAUGCUGAUGAUUUGGUAAAGAUAUGUGACCUUGGCCGAGGUGCCUAUGGUAUUGUGGAGAAAAUGCACCAUAAACCUAGCAACACCACUAUGGCAGUUAAGAGAAUAUCAGCAUCAUUCAACAGUCAGUCCUUGGAACUUAAGAGAUUGUUGAUGGAUCUUGAUGUGUCUAUGAGAGCUAGCGCUUGUCCAUACACAGUUCACUUCUACGGCGCUAUGUUCCGAGAAGGAGAUGUUUGGAUCUGCAUGGAAGUUAUGGAUAUGAGCCUUGACAAAUUCUACACAAAAGUAUACAAGAAUAAUAAAACUAUCACUGAAAAUAUCCUUGGCAAAAUAGCCUUUUCAGUUGUCAGCGCAUUGCAUUACCUUUAUUCAAAAUUGAGAGUCAUUCACAGAGAUGUCAAACCUUCAAACAUCCUUAUCAAUAGAAAAGGAGAGGUUAAAAUGUGUGAUUUUGGAAUUUCUGGAUAUCUAGUUGAUUCGGUAGCUAAAACUAUUGAUGCAGGCUGCAAACCUUAUAUGGCACCUGAACGAAUUGACCCCACUGGAAACCCUGGACAGUAUGACAUCCGAAGUGAUGUUUGGUCACUUGGUAUAUCAAUGAUUGAAUUAGCGACUGGAAAAUUUCCUUAUAACACGUGGGGUACUCCCUUUGAACAAUUAAAACAAGUGGUGAAGGACGAUCCACCUAGGCUUCCAACUGGGCAGUUUACUUCGGAAUUUGAGGAUUUAAUCACAAAAUGUCUACAGAAGGACUUUAAGAAACGACCUAACUAUGACGCCCUUCUAACGCAUCCGUUCUGUCUAGAACAUAGUCAAAAGGAGACAGACGUUGCAUCAUUUGUCCAAGAAAUUCUUGAUAUACCAGAUGACUCCUAG